AUAAAAUGAGAACUUAAUCUCUUAAAGAUGUUAGAUAUUAUAUAUUAUGAGAGAAGAUCAAGCCUUUAGACCUCUUAAACAAGGAACUAUAGAUGAUUUACCGCAAUGCGAGUUGGCUUAUGUAUAUAUUACACGGCAUGCUUAUUCAAGAUUAAAAAUAGAGGAAAAAGAUGAACCAGAAGAUAUAUUUGAUGCAAUAGAAAGAGGACCCUUUGUUGUUACAGGCGUAAUUCGUAUAAUUAAGGAUAAGCAGUCACAAUAUAGAUAUAAUUCAGAGAAGAUAGUCUUUAUUAAGCUUAUGAAUGUGUAUCUUUACAAAAUUGAACGUCUUUCUAACAAUUUAUUAUUGAUAUGGAUCAUUGGACAACGUGCAUUAUAUGUUAUUCAAAGUGUUUGUGAUGAAUACAAAGAAACAUAUAAUAUUGUUACGGAAAAGGCAGAUCUUUAUUCAGAUCUAAGAAUUAUUCGAGAAAAUGAAACAAAAAAAUGUAAAUUUACAUUUCAUGAGUAUUUGGAACAAAUUUCGUAUGUAUGGGAAGAAGAAAAAUCAAAAAUUAAAGAUAAAAUUAUUAAAUAUUCCAAAUUUUUAUUUUUUAUGAUGUUAGAUGAUACUAUAUUAGAUUGGCCGAAAUCAUUGUUUUUCAAAGAUCUUGUAGAAUUAUGUAGUGAUUCAUUUGAACUUGCAAAAUUGAAUAAAAAAAAAGCAGAAAUUCUUCGUAAUAAUGCAAUUGAUAUAUUAGAACUUACGAAUGGCUUCUCAAAUACUAAGGAUAGCUUUACGGAAAACCAUGAUCAAGAAUUAGAUAAUUUUCAGUUACAAAAUAAUUUUUUCAAUAUUAAUUUUUCAUUAAAAGAAUUACAAAACGACACAUUAACAUAUCCAUUUCCACGUACAAAUGCAGAAGGAAGGAAAUUAUAUAAUGAUUUAAAAAAAGCUUUAAUGCAUGUUUCUUUUAAACCUAAAGAUCUUGACAUUGAUAUGGCUGCUAUCUUCCUUGGAAAUGAUUUAAAUUCAGUCAAUGAUAUGAAGGAAAAAAUAAAAAGUCAUGCAGAAGGGUUAAUUGACUUAAUCAAAAUGUCUAAAAAAUGGGAAAAAAGUAAUUUAUUUAAACAACUUAGUAAUAUAACUAAAGGAAUUGAUAUACCUCUUAAGAAAACUAAAUCUAUGCUUUUAAAAAAUGAAAAUCAGAAAAAAGGUUUAUAUAAACGAAAAAAUAGAAGAAUGUAUAACACAUCAUUCAAAAAAAUUGAUAAAGAAAUGUCAUUGUUUCAUUUAAUAGAUAAUUCUUCAUCAGAAGGCAGCAGUAAUACAACUUUUCAGAGAAAUAUACUUUCUAAAAAAGAAUUUCUUCAAAAAAUUAUGAAUCAACUUGUUUCAGAGCUUAUUGAAUCACAAAAAUAUGCAAAAAGGUACAAUUUAAAAAUAUUUAUACACAAUAUGACCAAUAUUUUUAAAAUCUCAUAUAAAACUACAUUAAAAUUUAUUCUGGAAAAUAUAGAAUCUUUUAUUGGUUUAGUUACGCAAAAACAUACUGAAAUUUAUAAGGAUUUAGAAAAUAUGUUAAUAUUUAAGUCAGAAUUUUUAAACAAUUCUAAAGCAAAGCCAUCAAAUAAAAAACAUAAAGAUUCCUCAUACUCAUAUAAUUUACUAAAAUCAAAUAUUUUAGAUUCUAUUGAAGACUCCUCUUUUAAGAAUAAAAAUGAAUCAAGCAAGAAAAGUGUCACAACAGAUAAUACUUGCGAAUCUUUAGAUUCUAAAGCUGCAUUGGAAUCUAAUACAAUAUCUACUGAAAACAAAAUAUCAGACUCAUUAAAUAAUCUUUAUGAAUCUCCAAAUAUGGAAUUGAAUAUUCAAAAGUUUGACAACGCAUUAAUAAAUCUUAGAAAAACUGAAAAACGUUUAAAGGAGGCUAUUUCUCACAAUUCUUCCAAGUCGCUUUUUAAUACAAAUUCCACAUUUAAUAAUAAAAAAGAAAAUGAAAAAGAAUAUCAUAAUAAUUCUAAAUCAGAUGUAAUGAACAUAUCUUCAUCUGAUACAAAUCUGAAGGAUAAUUCAUUAUCUAAUAAUAUUAUAAAUACAUCUAAUCAUGAAACAAAAUCUCAUGAUUCAGAUGAAAUGUCAGAUAAAUCACUUGUCCUAAGCAAAAAAAAUAUAACCAAUUCCUCUAACUCUAAUAAAAAUAAUGAUAAAAACAUUUAUCUCAAUAAAAAGGAUGAAUCAAACGAUCCUGUUAUAAAUGAUAAUUAUACAUUCAAUCAAUUUAAAAAAUCAUUGUUUGAAUUUAAUUUAAUUCAGCCUGGACGAGGUAAACCAAUGUUACAGAUAAUACAACUUCCUUCAACUCAACCUUCUCAGAACUCAAAACUAUGGUUUUGUCCUCUUAAAAACUGCAAUUAUUUUUCAGAAACAUUAGUACCCAAUAAAUAUUUUAAGGCAAUUAUUAAACAUUUAAAAUAUCAUAAAGACAAUUUUUCAUCAAAACAUGGACAUAAAAAUUUCAAUCAACCACAAAAUAAUAUGGUUAGAGAUUUUGUUGAAAAGCUUGAAACUAUUGCCGAAUCAUGGAAACCAUAGUUUGAUGAAGCCUAACUAUAAACUCUAAUGAAUCAUUAUGACAAAU